CGACUCCGAAGAGAGUGACGAGGGGGACUCUCGCGACUCCGCGCUGUGUGUCGCCGGGCAGGGCCGCGGGGCCGGGGCUUCUCCAGCCCCCGGGAUGCGCGCGCGAGUCCUCGCCUCCACUUCCUUGUCGCCGGUGUUACGACGGGAGCCGCCUCUCGCCGACAGCGGGGAGCGCGAGUGUGCCGGCGCCCCCGGGAAUGUGAGCCGCGCGGCUGCCACGCUCCUCGGGUCAUGGAUGCAUCAUAUGAUGGUACUGAGGUAACUGUUGUGAUGGAAGAAAUUAAGGAAGUCUACUGUUACACUUCCCCUGGGCCACCCAAGAAGAAGAAAAAGUAUAAAAUACAUGGAGAAAAGGCCAAGAAACCCAGGUCUGCUUACCUUUUAUACUACUACGACAUCUACCUGAAAGUGCAGCAGGAGCUCCCCCACCUCCCGCAGUCUGAGAUUAAUAAGAAGAUUAGUGAGAGUUGGAGGCUUCUCAGUGUGGCGGAGAGGAGUUACUACUUGGAGAAAGCCAAACUAGAGAAAGAAGGUUUGGAUCCUAACGCUAAGCUCUCUACAGUGACUGCUGUGGUUCCAGACAUCCCAGGUUUCCGCAAGAUCCUUCCCCGCUCAGAGUACAUCAUCAUCCCUAAGAGCAGCCUCCAGGAGGAUCAGAGCUGCACUCAGCUGGAGCUAUGUGUAGCUCAGAACCAGAUGUCCCCUAAAGGACCUUCUGUUGUAUCCAACACUGCCCCUGAGACAGUGCCCAGCCAUGCGGGCAUAGCAGAGCAAUGCCUGGCUGAGGAGCCUCUGGCUGAGGAGAUGGGAGCCCUUGCUCAGCCAGGUGCUAUACAGGAGAUUGCCACCUCAGAGAUCCUCACCCAGGAUGUACUUCUGGAGGAAGCUUCAUUGGAGGUAGGGGAGAGCCACCAGCCUUACCAGACAAACCUGGUAAUUGAAGAGACCUUACUGAACAGCUCAUCAGAACUCCCCACUGGAAACCUGGCUGUGCCCCGCACCCAGGUUGGGGAGAGUGUGUCGGUGGUGACAGUCAUGAGGGAUUCCAGCGAAAGUAACUCCUCUGCACCAGCCACACAGUUCAUCAUGUUGCCUGUGCCUACCUACUCAGUUGUGGAAAAUCCCUCCCCCAUCAAACUGACAACUACCUAUACCCGCCGGGGCCAUGGGACUUGCACUAGUCCAGGUUGUUCAUUUACAUAUGUCACCAGGCAUAAACCACCCAAGUGCCCAGCCUGUGGUAACUUCCUAGGAGGAAAGUGGAUCCCAAAGAGUUGACCUACUCACCACUGGGCCCAGGACCCCAGAGCUUAAAGGCAGAGCACGGGGCAAGCCCUCAUUACUGGCUGCAGCAAGACCCAUGAGAGCAAUUCUGCCAGCCCCAGCUAAUGUGGGGCGAGGCAGCAGCAUGGGACUGCCCAGAGCCAGGCAGACCUUCUCCCUGAGUGAUAAGACUUCCGCUGUCAGGACUUGUGGCCUGAAGCCAAGCACACUGAAGCAGCUGGGCCAGCCUGUACAGCAGCCAUCUAGCACCAGUGAAGUGAAGCUGUCAAGUGGCCCAAACAACAGGACGUCUCAGGUGAAGGUUGUAGAGGUCAAGCCUGAUAUGUUUCCUCCAUAUAAGUACAGCUGCACUGUCACCCUGGAUUUGGGCUUGGCUACAUCAAGAGGCAGAGGAAAGUGCAAGAAUCCCUCUUGUAGCUAUGUCUACACCAACCGGCACAAACCUCGGAUUUGUCCCAGCUGCGGUUUUAACCUUGCCAAAGACCGGACUGAGAAAACCACCAAGGCUAUUCAGGAGGCGAGUUCUCCACUCCCAGAUGGGCUAAGCGCCACAGAGCCCCUGAGUGCGGCCCAGAAGGAGAUUCAGCGCCAGUCCACGCUGCAGCUGCUGCGCAAAGCCCUGCAGAUCCCUGAGAAUGAGUCUGAACUGGCCGAGGUCUUCGCCUUGAUUCAUGAACUUAAUAGCUCUCGACUUCUCCUGUCCAACGUGAGUGAGGAAACAGUCACCAUCGAGCAAACCUCUUGGUCGAAUUAUUAUGAGUCCCCAUCCACGCAGUGCCUUCUCUGCAGCAGCCCAUUAUUCAAAGGGGGACACAACUCCCUGGCCGGGCCCCAGGAGUGUUGGCUGCUGACAGCUAACCGGCUGCAGGUGGUGACUGCUCAGGUGAAGAUGUGUCUGAACCCCCAUUGUCUGGCCCUGCACAGUUUCAUGGACAUCUACACAGGUCUCUUUAAUGUGGGGAACAAGAUGCUAGUAAGCCUGGACUUGCUUUUCGCAAUCCGAAACCAGAUCAAGCUGGGAGAGGAUCCCAGAAUAUCAGUCAGUGUUGUGCUGAAGUCAGUGCAGGAGCAAACAGAGAAGACUCUUACUUCAGAGGAGCUGAGCCAGCUGCAGGAGCUGCUGUGCAAUGGCUACUGGGCUUUUGAGUGCCUGACUGUGCGAGACUACAAUGACAUGAUUUGUGGCAUCUGUGGUGUGGCCCCUAAAGUGGAAGUGGCCCAGAGGAGUGAAGAGAAUGUGCUAGCACUGAAAAGUGUGGAGUUCACCUGGCCUGAAUUCCUGGGUUCCAGUGAGGUGAAUGUGGAGGACUUUUGGGCCACGAUGGAGACUGAGGUUAUUGAGCAAGUGGCAUUCCCUGCCAGCAUCCCUAUCACCAAAUUCGAUGCCUCUGUCAUUGCCCCUUUCUUCCCUCCACUCAUGAGAGGAGCUGUGGUCGUCAACACUGAGAAAGACAAAAACCUGGAUGUACAGCCAGUACCUGGCAAUGGCAGUGCCUUGGUGCGGCUGCUCCAGGAAGGCACCUGCAAGCUUGAGGAGAUUGGCUCCUAUAGUGAAGAGGAGCUGCGGCAUCUGCUGGGGCAGUGUGACAUCCCUUUCACAGCAGGAGACUGCAGGGACCAGCUCUGUUUCUCUUUAUUGGCCCUCUAUGAAUCUGUACAGAAUGGAGCCAGAGCGAGACAGACCCCACCGCAUCUUACAGGGGGUAAAAUCUACAAAGUGUGCCCCCAUCAGGUGGUUUGUGGCUCCAAGUAUCUUGUUCGCGGUGAGAGUGCCCGUGACCACGUGGAUCUGCUUGCCUCUUCCCGCCACUGGCCACCUGUCUACGUGGUAGACAUGGCUACACCCGUGGCCCUGUGUGCCGACCUCUGCUACCCAGAGCUGACCAGCCAAAUGUGGGGGAAGAACCAGGGCUGUUUCUCUAGCCCUACAGAGCCACCUGUGACCGUGUCCUGCCCUGAGCUCUUGGACCAGCAUAAUUCUGUGGAUGUGACAGAGGCUGAACACUCUGUCCAGCACCCAGUCACCAAGAGUGCUGUGCGGCGCAUCGUCCACGCAGGCACACAUCCUAGUCCUGGUGACCCCAGUGCUGGGCACCACUCCUUGUCCCUGUGCCCUGAGUUGGCGCCCUACACAUCUGUCCUGGCCUCCGUUAUGGACAGCAAAUCGAACAGUGUCCGCCAGCGUCCCAUUGCCUUCGACAAUGCCACUCACUAUUACCUCUACAACCGCCUCGUGGACUUCCUCACCAGCCGGGAGAUUGUCAACAGGCAGAUCCACGACAUCGUGCAGAACUGCCAGCCUGGUGAGGUGGUCAUUCGUGACACCCUCUACCGCCUUGGGGUUGCUCAGAUCAAGACAGAGCCUGAGGAAGAGGGCGAGGAAGAGGAGGCGGCCACAGCGGCAGAAUAAGCUAGAGUGUUGUACAGGGACUGCAUCAUCUCUCAAGCCAUAGUACAGCCUUUACUCAAGGCAGAUCUGUCCAGGGACCUGCAGGGACAGUCACCUGUAGGCAGGGUCUCUGACUGCUGGGACUGACCAAAGAGCUUCCAUUUCCUGAGCACACGGGGGCCCAAAGUCUAUGCUUCUCUGCCCUCUGGGGCUUAGGAGAAGGGUCAGGAGACCCCUUACUGGCCCUGAGAGAGCACUUACGAGGUAGUAUGCUUAUGGGAGGGAGGGAGGCUGAGGGAAAGGCUGGUAGCCAGCUCCCUGGGGCCUGACACAGGUGGGGUGGAGGUCCUGGGGUGGGCUGAGGCAGGAAUCCGCACUAGGUGAGAUGUCUCUUCCACGUGGGGAAACCGUCCAGCUCUAGAGUCACAUGGGCUCCUUAGCCUGUGGCCUCUGACCUGGGGUCUUGGUGGCCUCAUUCCUCCUAGGCAACCCUUUGGGCUCUUGAUUCUUCCUAAAGGAGGGAUGAAUUUUUCUCCAGUUCUUCCUGCGCCACAUUUGGGGGAACAGGAGGGAGGAACAGUCAGCCACAGCUUUCUUACAGGACUGUCCUCUUCCUUGAGCUUUGGGGAAGAUAACCCCCUUCCUCCUUUCCCUGGCCACUACUGCUGCACCCUGCAUCCUCUUUGGGCCCUGGGAUCCUCACCGCAGAGAGGAUGUGGCCCAUGGUCCUCCGACAUAACCUGGCAGCAGUAGGAAAACUCCCUUCUGUGAAGGGGAAGCAGACUGGGCCAUAUGGAAACAGCAGGACUGGCUCAAGUGCCCAUGGUUUGCUUAGGGCCCAGGAACAGGCCAAGUGUUUAAUUUAUUGAUAGGAGUGGAGUAGGUGGCUCCCCCGCUUCUCUUUCCCCAUCAAGAAUAAAGUUUAUUAAAUUAUCUGGUUUUGACGAA